CUCUCUCUCUCUCUGUCUGCAUUGGGCACGCAGCGCUGCUUUUAGCUCUGGUGCAGAUCUGCGCGGCUGAGGAGGGGUGAGAUCAGGAGCAUGUGAGACUCAGAAGCGCCUCCAGGCUUCUGCUCGCCGCUCUUCUCAGAAUCUGCCCCGAUGCCUCAGCCCGGAGGAGCGCCUAAGAGGAAUCCUGCGGGGGAGCUCUGAGAUACUCUCUUUCACCUCCUCCUCCUCCUCCUCCUCCUCCUCCUCCUCACUUUCAGUCAGUGCACACAGAGCACUAUGGAGUGAAAUGGUGCGAUGGUGCGGGAGGCUUUAGGACGCGCGUGGAUCUGUUGGCUACUGGUCACGCUGAGCUGGACGUGGACGGGUCAGGCCCACAGCUGCCAUGAGGUCAAAACUGCUUUCCAGCUGCGGCAUGUGGGUCCUCUCAGAUUGGUCCCUGAGACAGCAACAGCAGAUGCUGAGCUCCAAAUCUGUAAGCACCAGGGUCCGACCUGCUGCACACGCAAAAUGGAGGAGAGCUACCGCAACGCUGCUCGUCGAGACACCCUCCAGAACAUCCUCUCCUACAGCUUCGAGCUCAAGUAUCUCAUCCUCGGCCACACGGAGGACUUCCAGGAAACCUACCAUUCCCUCCUGACGUUCACCCUCAACCACACCCUCUCCCUCUUUGACCUGGCCUACGAGCCCAUCGCCCAGGAGUCCCGGCCUUUAGUCACCAACCUCUUCUCUGACCUCGCCCUCUAUCUUCACGGCGAUCCCACAAUCUCUGUGGAACAAUCUGUCCACCGUUUCUAUGAUGACCUCUUCCCAUUGGUCUACCGUUACCUAGUCAACCCAGGUCUGCGCUCAUCCUCCUCAUCCCCGUGGAAGGUAGGAGAAGGUAAUGACUGUCUCCGGGCCAUUCGUUCAGAUGUGAACCCGUUCGGCCCGUACCCGCAGGCUCUGGCACGGGACCUGGGAAAGGCACUAGUGGGCGGGCGGAUGCUGACCCGGGCGCUAUUGGCUGGCACCGACGUCUUGAAUGCCAUAGAAUCUGCGGGAAUGGUGAAAGAGUGCGGGCGUGCACUGGUACGCAUGCUCUACUGUCCACACUGCAGGGGGCUGACACUGAUCCGACCCUGUGGGGGGCUCUGUCUGAACGUGAUGCGGGGCUGCCUGGCCGGACUGGCCGAGCUGCAGGCCCCCUGGAGCCGCUACGUUGACCUGCUGGCGCAUCUGAGUGGGAUGUUGGCUGGUGGGCACGAGCUGGAGCUGGCCCUGCUGGGCAUACGCGAGAGGAUUAACGACGCCAUCCUGAAUGCCCAACUUAAUGGGCCACGCCUUAGUGCUGUUGUGGAUAAAGUGUGUGGUCCUCUCACACAGUCUGCCUCACCCACUCAGGAGAGUGUUAUAGCAGAGAGCUCUACUGCUUCUGUCCAGCCAAUCACAGAGCUGCUGACCCCCAGUCCCUCCCCCAGCGCCGACACACAGGAUCAGGAACACAGCAGACUUACACUCAAAAAGAGGUCGUUGCCACUGAAACCUUCCAAGAAUGACAAACCUAGAAGUCUAAAGAAGAUCUCUAAGGAGUUUAUGCGUUACAUUCAGCGCUACAAGUCCUUCUUCUCUACGUUACCAGAGAUGCUGUGUGAGGGUGAGACGGUGGUGGAUGACUACUCUUGCUGGAGUGGAGAGGACGUGGUGGAGAGCUACACAGGUCAUGUGGUGGGGAAUGGCCUACAAGCCCAGAGGUACAACCCUGAGAUUAAGGUCAGAGGAGUGGACCCAGUCCUUGUCAAUACGAAGGUGAUGCUGGAGCAUUUUAAUCAGGAGAUGUGGGCGGAGUUGGGACUGGGGGCUGAUGGGCAGAAACACAUGGAGGUGGGCAGCGGCAGUCCUGCGGAAAUCAGCGGUGACUGUGAUGAUGAAGAUGGCUGUCAUGGUUCAGGGGAUGAUGAAGAUGCAAUAAUACUGGUUGUCCAGCCCCCGAUUGUGAAAGCCCAACCGAAGAAGGUGCUUACAGCAGCAGCCUGCAGUCUGGACUCGUCCUCUCUCCUCCGCUCCCUCUCUCUCCUCCUCCCUCUGUUGCUGUCCCACCUGAGUCUGGACUCUGCCUGACCACCCUGCUGCACGGAGGAGUGCAGGAGGACACGGACGGUGGAGGACUGAGGAAUGCACUUGCACUGGACACUUAGACAGACGUUUAUACAUUCACGGAUGACCCUGCUAUGCUGCCUGUCUGCAGGCUGCUCUCCGCUGGCUGACCAGAGCCAGAACCCCUCAGCCCUGGCCCUGGAGGAAGUGCCUCUACUUUUGAUUGUUGAACUGUUUAGGUUGUGUUACGAAUCACAGUUUUUGCACACUUGCUCUUUAUGCUUAGUAGUUUGUUUGUUUUGCUGUCUUGGUGACAGCUUAUUUAGUGCACUAGCCAGGGAAGUAGGAACUGGUAUCGGAUGAAUUCCUGGGUAACGGGUGUUCACAAGGCCGUUUUGAUCGCUGAGUUUGUUGUUCGACAUUUUUACAGUUAGAUUUGGAGAUUUUUAUUGCUAGAAAAUGCAGUAUAAAAUUGCAGUAUAUGGCAAAGCACACAAAAUGAAGCUAUGUUUAUUAGUGUCAAUAUUGUAUUUAAUAUCAGCAAAAAUAUUGUUAACAUUUCAUUGUUGUUACACUGUAAAAGAGGUUCUGUAAGAGUUCUUUAGGAAAGGUUAUGAUUCUAGAUGGAUCCAUAACGCCUCAAUGAAUUAAUAGAAUGCUUACAUGGUGGAGAACCUUUUGUAGAGCCCUACUAAGAUAGAUAUCUAGGAUUUUAGAUUUCCAGGAAAUGGUCAAUCUGCAGGAUGAUAUAUUUGAAGGAUGAUGAAUCCUCAUGAUGAUACAUGUUCAAGAUUUUAGAUCACCAGGAUGAUGGAUAUCCACAUAGAUAUAUUCUCAGGAUGAUAGAUCCCCAGAAUGAUAAAUCCCAAAAUAACACAUCUCCGGGCGAUAGGUCGAAUAAUCUGCAGUACGAUAGUUGUUCAGAAUGUUAGAUUCCCAGAAUGAUAGAUUCCCAGGUUUAUAGAUCAUCAAGAAGAUAGAUCUACUGGUUGAUAGAUCUCCUGGACGAUAAUAUAUAUAUAAUAUAUAAUAUUCAGAAUUACAGAUUCUAAAUAUGAUAGAUCAUCAAGAUAAAAGAUCCCCAGGUUGAUAGAUCUUCACAAUGAUAGAUCUCCAGUUUGCUAGAUCUUCUGGAGAUUAAAGAUUCAGAUUGACAGAUCCCCAAUAUAGAUUAAUAGAUCCCCAGGUUAAAAGAUCAUCAAGAUAAUAUAUCUCCAGGUGAAUAGAUCCUCAGAUUGAUAGAUCCUCAAGAUGAUAGAUGUCCAGAUUUAUAUAUCCCCAGAAUGAAAGAUAUAUAGGUUUAUAUAUCCCCAGAAUGAAAGAUAUAUAGGUUUAUAUAUCCCCAGAAUGAAAGAUAUCCGGAUUUAUAUAUCCCCAGAAUGAAAGAUAUCCAGGUUUAUAUAUCCCCAGGAUAAUAGAUCUUCAGUAUGGUAGAUCUUCAGGAUAACAGACUCCAGAAAGCAAGAUGCUCUACAUAUCAGAUCUCCAGGAUGAUAGAUCACCACAAUGAAAGGUCUUCAAUAAUUGUUUUGGGCACAUUGAUUUGCUCAAUACAGUUUAUAUAUAUGGUCUACAUAAUACUGCUGCAAUUGCCAUUUAAUUAUGACCUCACCUCACUGUAUUGUGUAGGCCGUGUGGAGCAGUGAACAGUGAAACUGUUUGUUGUUGCCCGUGUGUGUGUGUGUGUUUUGUAAGUGGAUGACUGUAUGUGUGAAGUGUAUACAGGAAAGUAUUGAAAGAGCAAUAUUUCAGUUAUUUGAGUAUAUUUUUAGGACUUAUAUAAGAGAUAAAAUUGUGAAUUAACAUAUUUACAGGCAUAUCUAUAAAAAAUAGAAUAUCAAUUAAAAGUAAUUUUAUUUCAGUAAUUCAGUUCAAAAUGUGAAAGUCAGGUUAUAUAGAUGUAUUACACACAGAGUGAUCUAUUUUAAAUGUUUAUUUAUUUUAUUGUUAAUGAUUAUGUCUUACAGCCAAUGAAAACCCAGAAGUCAGUAUCCGAAGUCCUGCUGGAAAAUUAAAUCUUGCAUCUUUCCAAACCAUCACUGAUUGGUGGAAACUUCACACUAGACCUCAAGCAGCUUGGACUGUGUGUCUCUUCACUCUUCCUCCGGACUCUGCUCCCUUGUUUUCUAAAUGAAAUGUAAAAUUUACUGAUGGUCAGUGAUGUUUUGGAGAGUCAUGUCUGUCAUCUGCUGGUGUUGAUCCACUGUGUUUUAUUAUCAAGUCCAAAGUCAGUGCAGUGUUUUCACACAAAAUCUUACAGCACUUCAUGCUUCCCUCUGCUGACAACUUUUAUGGAGAUGUGAAUUUCAUUUUCCAGCAGGACUUGGCACACUGCCCACACUGCCAAAAGUACCAAUUGGUCUUAUAUGAUAUUAACAUUUUCUGAUAUAUCAAUGAUAUAAGCGAUAAUCAUCAACAGUAAAAGAAAUAAAUGUUUAAAAUAGAUCCCUCUGUGUGUUGCACAUCUAUAUGAUAUAUACGUUUCCAAUUUUUAACUGAAUUACUGAAAUAAAGUAACUUUUCAAUUAUAUUCUAUUUUUUUGAGAUGCACCUGUAUGUGGUAACCUACAGUACGUAUGCAAAGUAAUUAGCAGGCAGGGUUGGUUGUCUGUGAUGGGAGUUAACCAAUACAAAAUGAAUGAAAAUAAUCACAGAUGACUUAAUUGAACUUGUAAUUAGAUUAAUGGAGCAUAAUGUGAUGAAGAUAUCGUACAGACAAAACCUCGUAAUACUGCUAUUGUCUGCAUGUCAUUAUUCUACGCGCGUCAGUUCUGACAGCACUUCUCAGCAUCGCAGACUUAAAUGGAAGCGUUGGUGUUGAUUAAGCCAGGCUUAGUAGAGCUGUCUGGGGUGUACCUGGCACAACAUGUGUUAACAGAAAUGUGUUAUGAGGUGAUUAUACGUAAAUCAGUCAAUAAAAACGCAUAUUGUA